CUGCACCCGCGUAAGAGCGCGCCCGACCCCAACUUUUUGCACGCCCUCUGCUGCAAAGGUGCCGCUCCCUCUUGGCGGGGGCUGCUUGCCGCGGGCACCGAGGAGCCUGCGUUAGCAUUCCAGACCUCCGUAGGACAACAAGUCCGACCGUGCCAGGAGGGCAGACGCCGAAGGAGGAGGGGAAGAGGAGGGCCAGAGGGAGAGCAGACGAGGGGCACGAGCGGCCCUGCCCCUGGCUCAUGACCUGCACUGUGCGGCGGCGAGGCUGGUCGCCUUGGGCGCCCCGCCCGACGCCGCGGAAGUGUCCGAAUUCCGCCGCCCGCCUCGCGGCAGGGCGCGCCUUUGCGCCCGCGAGCCGCCGCUCCGAUGGGGGGGGAGAAAGGGGCGGGUGAGGAGGAGGAGGAGGAGGAGGAGGGCGAACCGAACGGGCGGCAGCGCGCCCGAGCAGACUCCGAGGCCUCGCCGGCGGCGCCACGGCCCGGGGAGGGCCCCGGGCGAAUUCGCGUGCCUCCCGCGGGGCGGCGCCCGGAGAGAGCGGAGCUCACGUGGGGAGCUCGGCGGGGUGUGCCCAUGAGGGAGGGCUCAGACCGCUGCCUGUGCGGAGGCGCAGUCGAUGUGCAGAGCGCCUGCCGAGAGCUCGGGCAAGAGUUAUGUGAUGGGCCUGGUGGCGGUACCCGUACUUCUUCCUCCUCUGGUCAAGCCUUGGCCGGCGAGGGAAGCGCUCGCGCACGCGCGAGGAGCAUCAGACCGGGCGCGCGCAAGGACCGCCGCGCUACCGCAUCAGCCCAGCCUCGGGUCGAUGUGCAUGGGCAGGCGCCUCUCCGCUCGUGCUCCGGCUCCGCGAUGCCUCACUUCUCGUCCUGUGGCUCUUCACCCUCUCGCCCAUGGCCCCGUCGCCAGCGACCCGGAUCGUCGUCGCGACGCGGGCUUGCUGGAGAGCUGUUAUCUCACCGAAGCCCCUGGCGGCGCUUAAGAGGGCCCUCCAACGCUCAAGACCUCGCUGCUCGUCCCUCCGUCCUCGAUUGGCGUUAGGUCGGGCAUGUCCCCC